AGCUGGUUUUGUGUUUGUGGUUUUUCAGGGUAUUUGUAUCUGCCAAAGAAUUGAUCGUUUGGUAUAAAAUAGUGAUUCCCCCAUGGCUUUGUUGCCUAACAGUGUUGCGUAUAUGGCACAAGUCAUCAGGCAUGGGGCGGAGGAGCGCGAGACUUUCCACAAGUUCUUCGAGUGCUGGCUUGCCGAGCAAAGCCAGCAUCUCGAACAACUUGUUUCUGCCUCUAAAGAUCGGGACCAGCUAGAGAAUGAUCGAGCCAAAGAAGAGUUUGAUGAGAGCGUUUUGCAUCCUCUACUCCACCGUGUCGUGCACCAUUAUCAACAUUACUACAAUGCGAAAGCGAGGUGGGCCAAACACAAUGUGUUAACCAUGUUCAAUCCGUCGUGGACGAGCACUCUCGAGGAUGCUUUCUUGUGGAUUGGUGGUUGGAGGCCGAGUAUGGCGUUUCAUUUGUUGUACUCAAAGUCGGGCCAACAGUUCGAGGCUCAAAUUUCUGAGUUGAUACGAGGUCUCAGUACCGGUGACUUGGGAGAUCUUUCACCAAGUCAACUUAGCCAGGUUGAUGAUUUACAGAGGAAAACCAUAAGGGAAGAGAAGGAGAUUAGUGAGAAGCAGGCAAAGUUUCAGGAGACGAUUGCAGACUCGUCCAUGGUCGAGCUGUCCCAUGCUGCAUCCGAGCUAAUGAGAGGAGAAGCCGAUCUAGACGCGGGUGAGAUAGACAACGUACAAGUCGAAGCAACCCUGGCACCCAAGGAGGAAGGCUUGGUGGAAGUCUUGAAAAGAGCAGAUGAACUAAGGAUGAAAACUCUCAGAGAAACUCUCGACAUUUUGACUUCGCUACAGGGUGUCCAUUUCUUGAUUGCUGCUGCUGAAUUACACUUGAGAGUUCAUGAAUGGGGUAAGACGAGGGAUGCUAGGCACCACCAAGCUGGUCGAGAUGUGCACGAGCAAUAAGAUUCUGACAUGUUUAGUAAGGUAACUAAUCCAAUGCUACGUACUAAACAUGCCUUUACAAGGUUAGUUAGUUCUUCCCAAGUAGACAAGGUAACCUUAAAAAGACUGACUUAGAAUGCGUUGUAAAGAUGUUUUCCAUAUCUAUAGUUCUUCCAUUAUAUGUUCAAGAUCUCAUCUGGGUGUGAGCCUUUUAGGUGGGCAUUUAUGACUUCUUAUCAGAUUCCUAUCUCUUGUAAGCAGCUAUGAUACUUAAAAAACCAUUUUAGAUUUUGUUUUCA